AUGCCUGCUCCUAUCGUCUAUGAUGGAGUCAGCGGAGGGGGCGGCCGGGGUGACUUGCUCUUCAGCGGCAUCAAGUUCUGGCUCGCUGUCCGUGUACCUAGUAGGCGCAAAUUCAAGGAAAAAAUCCAGAGUAAUGGCGGCGAGGUUGUCCCCAUGGAGCGGCAGGCAGACAUAUUGAUUGCUGAUGACGCUGCCCCAAAAAAGGCACCUUCGAACUGGGACUCAUUUUCAUGGAAGUUCAUUGAUGCCGCUAUUGAGAGAGGGGAGCUUCCCGACAAAGCAGACUAUCUGAUUCCCAGACCAACGUCGGCUACCACACGGGCAUCCAUACCAACGAAUGAUAGCUCCAAGGCAACGCGGACAGCCUUCACCGCGGAGGAUGACCGGAUCCUCACUGAAGGCGCGAGGAGACAGUUGGCUACCCUUCAAGGUGCCGGCUCAAAGGGAUCUCUGAAAGGAAACGUAUUUUGGGUAGACUUUGCCGCACAGUCAGUCCCAUGCUCGAAGAGUCCCCAGACCAUAUCAUCUCCCCAGGUAUCAGAUUCAAAGGCUAGUACAGCCAAAGAAGGCGGCCGACAGAGAUUUACUGCAGCCGAAGACAAGGCUCUCAUCGAGGCUGUUGAUGAGGCACGGAGACUGGGUAAAAGAAUUGGUGGCAAAAUAUUUUAUGAUGAAUUCGCGAAAGCUAAUCCCACGCACACUGCUGAGUCCUGGAGGAGCCGCUAUCUUCGCAUACUUGCACCUAGACUUUUCCCGGACGGAUUACCUGCUUCAGAUGAUAAUCCAGAGGAAACAAAACACGUAGUCACAAAGACACGUCGCAUGACUGAAGGCGACAAACACGACCUACCCGACAGUCCCUGCGACCAACUCUCUCGGGCUCAUGAGGAGGGUCCAACCAAAAGUGCAGAAGAUCUUGCAGGUUCUGCAACUCCCGAAGCCGAAUACGCUCAGCUGCGGCAAGUCAGGACGCCAUCAGCUCAAGCACCUAAAUCCAUUGGAGACGACGACUCGAUGGAAAGCUACCACAGUGAAUCCCAGACACCUACGACACCAACGCACAACAGGCAAACAACAGUAACAAGCGACGAGGCCGAUGCCUAUCACAUGUUUUACGACUACUUGGGGAUAUUUUUGAGAAGAUUUCCGAACACAAUCGACACAAAGCCUCGUAUUCGUGGAGUCAAGAUUGAUUUGUUCAGAUUGCAGCAAGCUGUAGAGUCGCAGGAGGGAGGUUUUGACGAAUGCGACUGGUCACGAGUCUGUAAGGACAUUGGAUUUGAAUCCCCCGACCCUGAGUUGGCCAGAACGGUUGAAGCAUGUUACGGAGCCAACCUACAGGACUUCAUCGAAGCAUUACGUGGUUUUGAGGAAGACUGCUCGGAAGUGUCUUCUCCAGAAUCGAACUCGAGCGGCGGGCUUUUCGUAAAUCAAAAUGAACCCCUAGAAUCGGACACGGUCCUCCAUCAGGCUUCUUCACCGGGUCAUGAGGGACAUGGAGGCUCCAACGAUGAAGAGCUGGCCGAGGUCCAGUUUGGAUCAGCAUCAUCGCCAAUUCCACGACACCUCGGCAAGCGCCAGAGAACCACAGAACUGGUCAAUGGGCGACGUAAACGGACACGGUUGUCCCGCGAUGUUGAAAUCCCCGACACUCCUCAAAUAACCUCAAAGCUUCAACAUCAAACAGUAUUUGACAACCCAGAAAACGAGGCUACCGUAGAAGAGCAAGAGGGAGACGAAGACGACGAAAAUGAGGGUGUAAAGGGUACACAAAAAUCAUCAAAUAUCUCUCCUUCGCAGCAGUUGAGAUUAGAGCUUGUCCGAUCUGGCUCAAAACGAAACAGUAACCAGACCCCAAGCCAAGAUUAUCAAAGAGUCGGAGCGAAUGGGCGAAUCAAGGUCCCAGUCGUUGAAAGACGUGACUCUCUGCGAUAUGCAAGCCGUGACAGGCUCCCAAAUCGAGAUUAUGUCUCAUCAGCGCCGGCAUUUACCGGCCAUAUCAACAAGGAUUUUGAUUCAAUAAAGCCGGCAUCUCCACGGACAGUCUCUGGAGUUUCUACAUGUCGGACCCAGGCAUUGAACCUUCCUCCAAGAUCCGCACAGCCUCCCUCGAUUCCAGCGCGCUCUACAACAUUGAGUAAAGAUCCCCAACCUAUCAAAGAAGUCCCCGUGACAUCCCAUGCAUUCUCCACACCGAAAGCAUCACAAAGGCCCACGGCAAGCAAACCCGUAAGGAUGAGCUCUCCAUUAGGAACUAUACCCAACGACAUACUCAGCGACAUAAUAUCCACCCCUGGUCCCAGAAGGCACACGGCAUCCUUUGUAACGCCAUCAGCGUCUUCGAGGCGGGCCCCCGACGCAUCUCGACGGCCCUCGGCUCGGCAAAACCCACCUGCAAGCUCGCGUGAACACUUUCAAGAUAUACUGCCCUCGAUCGAGGGAGGUCACAGCAGCAACGUUUCAACAUCCGGAUGCAGCGAACAAGUCAAGCGCUUGGCAGGGCUGGGCUAUCGACAAGAGUUUAUCGACAAGCUCCUGCGGGCCACGUCGCGGGACGUCGCAGUGAUGAAAAGGGUAUGCGAGCUCAAGGCGCAGAAGAAAUCCCAGUGCUACCGCGCUGCUGGCCCGUCGGAGAGCAUGCCCAACAUUCGGGGAGUGUGGACGGCAGAGGAGGACAGGAAGCUCGUCGCCAUCUACGAGUUUGAUCAGAUGGACGAGGCGGACAAGACUGCCGCGGCGCGGAGGGCCAUAGAUCAGGAUGAGAGGGCGCUCAAACAGAAGCACGGUUGGGAGGAUGCCUUGGAGGCGCGUAUGAGGUUUCUGACGCGCCGUUCGUAA